AUGUCGGCGGUCUCACAGAGAAGAGUCCACGUGACUGCGAUUACUGAAAAUCGACCUGGUAUUCUCCAAAAGGCUUACAGGACUAUAAAGCACUUGAUCUGGACAGUACUGUACGAUCCGGAUAUCGUCGGUCCAGUGUGUGUGCUAUUGUUUUUGCUGGAGGCCAUGCUUCUUGAAUUCAUCAUUAUUAAGGUUCCGUACACGGAGAUUGACUAUAGCACAUACAUGCAACAGAUCGGCCAGAUAGAGCGAGGCCAAUUUGACUACAGCAAAAUCAAAGGUGAUACGGGACCAAUAGUGUAUCCUGCGGGCUACGUUUUCAUCUAUUCAUGGAUGAAGGUGGUUACCGACGGGAUGAAUAACAUCGGAAAAGGCCAAGAGUUGUUCAGACUCUUGUAUUUGGUGUCGUUGGCCCUAACUUUUCUCAUCUACAUACAAGCGUCCGGAAUCAAGAAAAUAAGACCGUACCAGCUUUAUCUUUUGGUCCUGUCCAAGAGGCUGCACUCGAUCUAUGUGCUAAGGCUGUUCAACGACUGCUUUGCAACGUUCUUCGUGCUCGGAACUAUUUUUUUGUUGCAGGUUGCUGCAAAGCUCAAGAGCAAGUCUUACUGUUUUGGCGUGAGUGUCAAGAUGAACGCGUUGUUGUAUCUUCCAGGGCUGGUCAUCGUCCUCUAUUUUCUAAACGAUGAGAACCUGGUCAAGUUGUCUGGCAUGAUUCUUUUCGGUGUUGUCGUUGAGAUCGGGAUCAACUUCCAGUUCCUCACCCAGAGCGCAACCGUGCGCAGCAACUUUAUCCACAACGCGUUCGACUUUGGCCGCCAGUUCAUGUACAAAUGGACGGUGAACUGGAGGUUUGUCGACAAGGAGACCUUCCAGAGCAAAUCCUUCCACAACCUGCUUCUGGCGCUCCACGUAUCUGUUCUUCUGCUAUUUGUCUUUGCGAGAUGGCUCCACAGGCGUGAGACAGGCAAGGCACCCACCGAACUCGUGCUCAGAGAUGGCCUUCUCAGGUUCUACAAAAACACCAUGGACCCCAAACACGCCAUUCUCCACCCCGCCGGAGGCGCACGCUAUGUCGCCCUCGUCAUGAUGACCAGCAACCUUGUCGGCGUCCUCUUUGCCCGCAGCUUGCACUACCAGUUCCUCUCCUGGUACUACUACAGCGUGCCGUUCCUUCUCGGCGAGGCCGGUUUCCCACUCGCCUUGAGCGUCCUCCUCGUCGCCGUGCACGAGUGGACCUGGAAUGCCUACCCAUCUACAGCAGCCAGCAGCAUCUCCCUUGUCUGCGUUCUCUCCGUCCUGACCUUCCGUCUCCUCUUCGCCAUCUCUCCGCCGCCACCAACCUCCGAUAAGGCCAAGCACGAGUGA